CAUCCAGACCUCCAUGGCCACUAAAGCAUCCCCACAAUGGCCUCCUCUUCCUCCUUGUUUCUCCUCGCUGCCCUCCUUGGGCUGGCCUCAUCGAUGGUCACUGCCUUUGAUAAUAGCCCUCUCCAAGACUUCUGCGUUGCCGACAUGAAGUCGAAUGUGCGAGUAAAUGGAUUUCCAUGCAAGGACCCAAUGGCUGUCGUCGCGGACGACUUCUUCAAUAAAGCCAUGCUCGACAAACCUAGGGACACUAUGACCAGCAAGGUCGGUUCCAACGUCACCAACAUCAAUAUAGCAAACUUCCCUGGCCUCAACACCCUCGGCAUCUCUCUGGCACGCAUCGACUACGCACCAUUAGGUGUGAACACGCCACACAUACAUCCACGUGCCACCGAGCUCCUCACCGUACUCGAGGGAACGCUCUACCUUGGAUUUGUCACAUCCAACCCAAACAGGCUCUUCUCAAAGGUGGUCACGAAGGGUGACGUAUUUGUGUUCCCAAAGGCCAUGAUCCACUUCCAAAUGAACCUAGCGCAUGACAAGCCAGCAGCCGCGCUGUCAUCGCUCAACAGCCAGAACCCUGGGGUUAUCACUAUCGCCAACGCGGUGUUUGGAUCCAAGCCACCGAUCUCAGAUGACGUUUUGGCCAAGGCGUUCCAGGUGGAAAAAGAUCUGAUAAAGUGGCUCAAAUCUCAGUUCUGGGAGAACAACCACUACUGAUCAUUAUUCUCCUUUGUUUGCACCCAUGAAAUAGUUACAGUAUGCUAUAUAAAUAAAUGGCACACAAUACUUGUGCGUGCCUGCGAGCUGUAAGUUUCGUUUUCUUCUCAACCGUGACAAGAUAUAUGUUUGUCGCCGGAUUGAUGUCAUAGUAUGCUGGUGAUGUUUGUACAUGUUUUCUCUGUUUGACAAAUGAAAUUUGGAAGUUGGUAUA